AUGGAAUCAAUUAAACAUCAUUCGCAAGAACAAAUAAUCCAAUUGUUAGAACAUCAAAAAACAAAAUCUCCGCUCGAAUCAAUUAUAAAUUGGGGGCAAACUCUCAACAUCGUCGAACCUUCAAAUAUCACAAUUAAUAACCCUGUUCCAGUUAAUAAUGAGUUGUCAAACUUUAAUUCUCGUCUCAUAGCAUGUCCUCAAAGAGAUUCAUUAUGCUUUACUAAAUUCUUUAAAGAGCUUCGAGAAAAAGAGAAUAUUACCAACAGCAUACAAAAUACUUCAACUAAGCGACAUGCUACAUUAAUUUCAUCGCCACAAUUUAUUCUGAAUAUGCUUGAGAAUAAAA